AUUCUUGUUCCUUGGCAACCUGAGAGUCCUUAGCAACCACUGUGGAACACGCAAGCUAAGUAAUGUCGAAGAAAACGGGUCUAAAAAAAUUACUUCGGCAGAAAGUGUGUAAAGAAUCUGAGGCUGAAAAGCGUAGACCUUCUAGUGUCCAGCUAAAAGAAAUUACCUCAGUGAGUAUUCUGCACAGCUUCAGUGUACCGUCACUCACCCAUACUCUUACCAAUCCAAAGAACAAUGAUGAUCAUGAAGCUGUGUCUGGCAAAUCCCACCUCCCUCACCAGCGGCUCUCAUCAGAAGCUGAUCAAUCAUUGUUAUCUCAUCCCAUCUUAGCUGUGUUGGAGAUGACAGUCUUUCCUGUGUUGCUACCUGGACUGGAAGCUUUGCUAAAGGAAGCACAGAAACAUGGCUGUUUUAAGAGGAAAUUCACGUUGUUCCUCCCUUGUGAUUUCCUUACGGAGUGGCUCUACAAUCAUAAUCCUUGCAGGCAGGGACAGGUCCCAGUGAAACUUCAUGACAUUCCCUUUGUGAAGGACUGGCUCGGCACACACCCCAGGCCUCCCAUCCCUCUAUUUUUGCAGCUCAAUGAAGCUCAAGCUGCUCUUCUCAUCCAGGCUUUUUGGCGAGGAUAUAAGGUCAGGGCCCGUCCAGAUGUGCAGGAGUUGCGUCGAUGGCAGAGGGGGCUAAAGGAGAGGCGCGACAUUGCCAAAACUGUUAAACAGUUUUGGGCGCAACAAGAGAGGCGGGUUGGUCUGACUAUGUCCGAUUUCCCAGAAUGCCCUCAGCCCAGCAAUUCCGAUGUGUCUAUCCAGGUGGUUUCCCCCACCCCUCAGAGCAGUGAGGCCCACACCCCUACCUACCACAUGACUUCAGAGGCCGGUGAGUGGCUGAUGCCCAGCGUGUUUAACAGGGAGGAAAUAGAUCUGACUAAUAUCACCCAAGUACCUGAAUCCAUUGAAAAAUGUCUCCCUCUGUCUCUAUUAGCAAAGCCUGAUCUGCAUUAGUGGGGCUAUUAUCCAGAUUCAUUAGCCCUAUUUACAAGGUUUUACUGUUGUUAAAAGGCUUUAAAGGUUAUUGGCUUGAUGACAACCUGACUAAAGUAAUCAGUCGAUGAGGCGCAGAAAAACUCUGUAACCAGCUGGCUAUAGCCAUGUAAGGAUUUAUGGUCUGAGAUCUGUGUCUAAUCUUUUUAUUGCUCCCAUUGCCUCGUUGAUGGAUCACUUCCCUUCACAAGUUCUACCCAGCAAAUGAAUACCAUACAAUUCAGCUCCCAUAAUGCUGUCAGGGGGGGAAACCUCCUGUAACAGACUUCAUUUUAUUUCCUCUGCUCUUCCUAACGCAUGGAAAAUCAUAUUUUACCGAUCUGUCAUUCCUUUUUUUCUUGGUAAUACAUAUUACUGUACAGAGGCCACAUUAUCUCAACCACAGCAGAGAGGUGAGGCCACAGAAAGAGGCGACCUGAUAGUAAGAGCAGUACUUUUAAUUCUGUUAGAAAGGAAUCUACCAAAGAGAUAAAAAAUCAGAACACAUCUGAAGUUCUGCUGAAUUCACAGGUGGAAGUUUAACAGCCAGCUAAUACUCUCAAGAUUGACAAAGUCCGAAGAAACCUUUUUUUGUAAAGUUCUUAAUAGGGAAAAUACAUCCAUCAUGUUUCAGGUUUGUUUGUGACUUAAAAUUUAAGAAUGUGUAUGCAAUUUUGAAAUGAUCAAACUAUGUCUUUAUUUGAUAUAUAUUAAAGUUGAAAGCAUAACAACUUCACAGGUCAAUCCUCCUUUAACUGUCUGCUUUUCAUGCCCACUAGAGAUCAAGCAUCCUUUCCAGGAUCACAAAGCAGCUAGUGGAAGCUCAUGAGAAGAUGAUAUGCCAAAAUAAAAAAGUCUGAAUGCAGUUUUCUGUUUCCGCAUGUCAUUUCUGUCCUUCAAGCCAACCCAUCCUCGUUGUAACCAUCCUGUUCUGAAUGCUUGUUAAUUAAACUUAUGGAGUAAAGAGCA